AAUAUGAACUUGUAAAUAGUUGAACAAAAUGGAAUUAAGCUUUUUUAAUGUAAUUUUAUGUAUACAAAUCUUUCAGAUGUCCUGUGAUAAAUAAGAGUAAUCAGUGUUAGCUGAGCGGUUCCACUGAAUGAUUCCAAGUAACCCUGUUUGCUGCUUUUUUAAAUGACCAGUGGACUCAAAUGAGUUUGUUGAGGCUGCUUUAAUGUAUGAAAUCCAGUUCUGAAGCACCAUGUCGAGUGAAGCCAGUUCUGGUGAACAGUUUUCUACCACAACAGUCAGUUCAGUUGCUGUUCAGGCUGGGAAUUCCAGAAUUGUUAUAGCUAUACUUAAGUCUGGAAAAUGGGUGCAACUUCAACUGGCUGAGGCAGAACCAAAUCUAUUAGAAAUUGGCAGCAGUCAAGAUGAGACCAAAAAACUGCUACAAGAUCAUGAACAACUCCUGGUGAGACUUAAGUCUUUGGAAGACCAAGUAUGGGAUCUUUUACGUGAAGCAGACAAGACAGCAGAGGAGAACAAAGAGCAAAGCCAGGUGUAUGAUGCUAUGGCAGAGACUCUUGGGGAUGCCUGGGAUGCCCUCGUCAUUGUGCUGGAGAAGCGAAGGAAACUUCUGAAAAUUACUGCAGUGUUUUUUGAAAAUGCUCUGGAGUUUGCUAUUAAAAUUGACCAAGUUGAGGAGUUCCUCCAGAAUUCCCAGGAGUUUGAGGAUGUUGAAUCUUUGAAAGAGCUCCUUCAGCAGCAUGAACACCAUACAAAAGAGCUCUUGGAAAAGUCUCUGGCCCUCUUAAACAAAAGCCAUGAACUGACUGGAUUCAUAGAUGAGUUCAAAUCUGAUGGGCCAAAUAUAAAUCCUGAGUUGAUUCAGGGAGCUCACAGCAGCUGCUUGAAAAUUGACAGUCUCCUUGAACUGUUACAAGACAGAAGAAGGCAACUGGACAAAUAUCUUAAGCAUCAACGCCAAGGGCUGAAGCAGGUUCUUCAAAUUUGUCAGUGGCAUCACCAAGAAAACCAGGUAACAUCAUUGUACAAGAAAGAUCUCCGAGAUUAUUUACAUAAGCAAAACCUUGGCUCAUCAUUAACAGAAAAUAAAGAGCUUCUUUGUGAGCAUAAGGAAAUGGAAUUCAAAGCUAAGGAAUGGAAUUUUACUGUGGGACAAUUAAAAGCUGAAGCACUCAAGAUUCUGCUUUCAGAAGAUUACGCAGAAAAAGAGCACCUGAAGCUUUCAAAUCAGAAAAUAACUCUUUUGCAAGAAGAGGUGUGCCGUCACAUGGAGGAAAGGAAAAAAUUGUUACAAGAGGCCAGUGACUUCUUUAAUGCUGCUAACAAGGCAUUUGAUGUUCUUGGAGGUAUUGAGGCUUACAUUAAGCUCCUUAAUGAAGAAGGAUUAAGUUUGCCUAUCUUAGCGAUGAAGCAUGAGGAAUUACAGGGAGAGAUUAAAGCCUGUACAACUGAUGCCUUGCAAAAGGGAAAAGCCUUAGUUGGUAAAGGAGACUCUCACAGUUCUUGGCUGCCUGGAAUUCAGGAAAUGAUAGAAUACAUUCAGAAAAGAGUGGAUCAACUGACCAGGCAGUGUCCUGCUUACACAGAAUUUUCUUUAAAGAAACAGCAGUUAACUGCCUCACUAGAAGAUUAUCUAAAAAAGGUAUCAAUGUCAAUUAAAAAAAUCAGCCCUAUACUUACCAUUGGUAUGGAUCCUGGGUCUUGUUUGUCUGAAUCAGAGAGAAUUUUGAACAAACACCUAGAGCUGGCUAAUCAAGCUAAGGAAACAUCACAUCAGCUGGAAGCAGCUGUGAGAAUCAUUAAGGAAGGGGAUGAAUUUGAACCUGAAGAGAUGGCAACUUUUUCUAACAAAGCUGAACUUCUAAAUGAAGAACUGAAAACACUUAGCAAAAAUAUCAGCUCAAAACUAGACAUUCUAAAAGCUUAUGUGGCAUUUUUAAAGUCUGCCAAGGAGGUAAAUGAUGAUGCUGAAAGACUGAAGGAAUUCUUUAAAUCUGAUGCUCUACACACAGACAAUGAAAUGGAAAACAAGACUGUAAUGGAGACAGCUGAAACUCAAUGGCAGACGGUUGUAAAGAAGAUUCUUUCCACUGAGAAUAUGGGUCAUGGUUUCCUUAAUUUAGUAAAUAUGGUAAAUGAGAACCUCAUAUUAAAGUCAGGCAAUGUUGUGGGAGUAACUAAAGAGGCUCUUGAUAAUCUGAAUAAAGUAAAGGAAGACCUGACAGAAAUUUGGACAACCUGGAAGCUUCAAAUAAAUCAAGUUAAGUCCAUCAAACAACAGAGCUGGAAACUUAAAGAGCAGUUUAAAAAAACUACCCACAGUUCAAAAAUUCUUCAAGAGGCACUCAAACCAGCCACAACUGUCGACCUUGGAAGUAACCUUCACAUUCUUUUGGAUCUACAAAAAAAAAUUAACCAAAUGAAACCAGAGUUUCAGCAACUGAGUGCUGAGGUUGAAUACAUGGUGAAAUUAUCAGAACUGCUGAGCCUAAAAGGAGUUCCUGGGCAAGAAAAUUCUGAGAAAGUAAGUGAACUUAUUCAUCUUCAUCAAAAGAUAAAGGACAUGAUGACAGAAUAUGAUGACAUUUUGAACAAGACAGUCAAAUUCCAUCAUGUUAAAGAAAAAAUGGACUGUCUCAUAAAAUCAGGAGAACUUGAGAUUCCUGAAACAAAUGAAGUCCCUGGUGAUGCACAUCAAGUUAAGCUCCACCUUACUAAUACUCUGGAGAAACAUACACAUAUCAGACAUCUGUACAAGCUGGCACUUACCCUGGGAGUGGAUAUCUUAUCUGCAGUACAGAAACCUUGCUGCCUUAAUGUUUCUGUAAAGAACCUACAGCAGGAGCUGGCUACACUUGAGAAUGACAGUAUUAACUGGAGCACCAAAGCAGAUAAAUAUGAAGAGGAGCUGUCACACAACUUCCAGUACUGCACAACUAAAGAAGAGAUAAAUGAGUGCUACAAAGGGCUUGAGCUCAGAGAGUCAUUUAAAGAUCUCAAAAAGAAAUUCAACAACCUAAAAUUUAAUUAUACUAAGAAAACUGAAAAAGCUCGAAAUCUGAAAGUACUUAAAAUACAGAUUCAGCAGGUCGAUAUGUAUGCUGAAAAAAUGCAGAUUCUGAGAAAGAAGGCGGAUAAUUUAGAAAAGAAAACCACUAGCUGUGUAGUAAAUCAGCCUGAUGGUAAUGUUGGUGUCCUCAUGGAGACAGUCAGAGAGUUACAGAAACAGCUGAAUGAGUUUGGCAGAGUUGUGGAAGAUUACAAACAAAAUUUGGAUCUGAUGGAGCAUCUACAACAGCUAAUGGAAGAGUGUCAGUAUUGGUAUGAAGAAGCAAGUGCUACAGUCAUUAGAGUUGGAAAGUAUUCUGCAGAGUGUAAAACCCAAGAAGCAGUAGAAAUUCUCUACAAGCAAUUUAAUAAAUUUAUCCAGCCUACAGUGCCCCAACAAGAGGAAAGAAUUCAGCAGUUUACUGACCUUGCUAAACGUUUAUAUGGUUUUGAAGAGGGAAGUAAGUAUGUGGAAAAAGUGGUAGCAAAGCAUGAAGAAGUUCUUGAUUCCAUCAAUGAACUAUGUAACUCUUUGAAACAACUUGAAAGAGAGAUUGAGAAAGAUGUUUUGAAAGAAGAAACACCAAAUAUAGAGUGUUUUGUGGAGGAGGCGAUUAUAAUACAAAAAGAGCAAGCAAGAAAUAAGCAGGAGCUAUACAAGGAUGUUAGUCAAGAAAAGGAAGAGGAACCAAACCUAGAGGAAGAGAAUAAAUUGGCUGAUAUUUCAGAUAUCUGCCCAGCUGGUGAGGAUUUCAUUUCUCAGUAUGCAGAGCUGUCUUCUUCUGCCAAAGAGGAUAGUUUACAGACUGAGCUCCUGGCAGAAGAAAUGCCCUCUGGGGAUGAAUAUGAGUGUAUAUCACCUGAUGAUAUCUCAUUGCCACCGCUUUCUGAGACACCCGAAUCCAACCUCCUGCAUUCUGAAACAGAGCUGGAAGAUCAGUCGUGCUGUAGUUCUCAUAGUCUGCAUGUCAGCUCCUAUAGCUUGCAAAUGCAGAUAAAUACUACCAGUAAAAGAAUGACCGAUGAGUCUGGUCUCUUAACAACUAUUGCUUACGCUGACACUACGAAUCAGAGAAGGGAAAAUGCAUCCAAUCAGUCUGAGAGGUUUCUCCCCUCUACCAUAUGUCAUCAUCCAAAAUUCAGAGUGCAGUCUCCUUUGACUUACAGUUCACCAGAAACACCAGAAACUAGCACUGCUUUCUGCAUAGUAAAUGCAAGACCAGGAUAUAGCAUGAUGGGUGAAGUGUGUGAGAAGCAUUUGCAGCACUGUGAAAUUCAUAAAAGCAUGACAGAAACACAAGAACAAUUGCAUGGCAUUAAUAACUUUACUAAAACCCAGGAUAGGCUGCAUGCUUUGCCUGGUGCAUUCUCAGAUCUCAUGUUUCAAUCAGACGCUACCAGAAGCUGUCAGAGGCAGAUGGUCACCCGAGAAGAGAUUAAAAGUGCAUCAGAAAAGAACAGCAUGGUCAGCCUAUCUGGACAGGCGCCUAACUUCUCCCAGCUCCUGUCUAAUGUAACUGUCAUGGAAGGUUCUCCAGUAACUUUGGAAGCAGAAGUAACAGGAUUUCCAGAGCCUACACUGACAUGGUACAAGAAGGGCCAGAAACUGACUGCAGAUGAGCACUUUACGCUCUUACAAAAGGAGACAAAGCAUACUUUGUUCAUUCAGAAGGUGUUUGAUACAGAUGCUGGCCUCUAUGUUGCUCGAGCUAAAAAUUCUAAUGGCACAAUCUCAUCAAGUGCUAUCCUCCAUGUGAAAGUACAAGGAAAACUGCCAGACUUUAUACAAAAAUUUGGACAUAAAACUCUACAACAAGGAGAAGAUUUAAUCCUGCAUUGCACUGUACAUGGAAGACCCAGACCAAAUGUCGUUUGGACUAAGGAUGAUAUCCAAGUGGUAGAUGGAGACAUUAGUGUAUGUCUUAACUUUCCUAAAAUGUUCCAUGGGGAGGGACAGAGUAUAUGCCUCUGGGCGCUACUAAUAAUCUUCUGUAUGCAUUUUAUUGUCUUUCAGAUUGAUAAAUUAGGAGACAGCUAUUACCUUUUAAAAAGAAAUGUUGUCCUUGCUGACACUGGGAAAUAUGUCUGUAUUGCCAGCAAUGAAGUUGGAGAGGCACACUGUUCAGCUUUCAUAAAAGUUAUAGGUGAUUCUCUCUCUCCAGAUGCACAUUUUUAGGUACAUUCAUAUAAUAAACAAGAGUCUCA